UGUCUUGCCCUCACUCCGGUCACUUGACGUGGCGUCGCUGGCCGCCUCGGGCACAGAAAACACGGACGCUGUUGAUCGGUUUGUUUGGUCAGAGACUGUUUGUGCUCCGCGUUUACAGGAUUUAAGGAUAAACGGUAAAGCUCCGGUGUCUCGUCGCUUCGUGUAGCAGCUCUCGGGACGAUGAACGGUAAGUCAGCGAACGGCUCUCUGGGAGGGAUGGCCUGCAUCGAGGGGCUGCCCCCGCUGCCGAAGAGCCUGAGCGGCUUGCUGAACUCGAGCGGCGGCUCCUGGAGAGAAAUGGAGAGGAUGUACGUGAAGAAAACCAUGAUCCAGGACGACCUGAGCCGAGGCAGGAACAACACCGACAACCUGCUGGCCAACAAGCCGGCCAACCUCGACGCUGCUCUGGCUCUCCUACGGAAAGAGAUGGUUGGUUUGCGUCAGCAGGACAUGUCCCUGCUGUGCCAGCUGUGGUCGCUCCACGAGUCUAUCCAGGAGUACAAGGGCAGCUGCCAGGACCUGAGCGCCGCCUCCAGCCUCAGCAUGAUGGAGAACGGCUACUUCGACGAGGAUGAUGAGUAUUACCCGGAGCCUGGCGCCACUCCCACCGGGGAGCAGCCGGAUGGAGACGUCGGAGACGGGACCGCCACAAUGGCAGCGGGCAAGAACGGAAGCGGCAAAGACGACAGCUGGGACUCCUUUCACGUUACCAUCUGAGGCUUCUUUCUGCAGAUGGAUUUUUUUUAGGGGUAAAAGACUUGUGUUAAGCUGGAGGGAAGGUUGUUUUUUUGGUAUCUCGUUACCAUAAUAGACUAUAAAUAUAAAGCUCCAGCUUAACGGUAACUCCUCCUCAGGUGAAACACACCCCUGCUUGUGCUGCAGAAGUUUUUAUUUUUUAUUGUUUUGCAGCGUGAGCAGGAGCUUCAUCAGACCACAGAGUGGCUUGUUAACACCUGCUCAAACUCAGGAGUUGAGACGGAUUAUAACCCGAGACUCCGUAUACUCAAAAAUUAGGCAAUAUAUAUGAUUUCUUUUUAUAAACAGCUCUGCUGCUGCUUCUAUAUCAAAUGGGUUUUUUGCUAGCCAGUCACCCUUUUUUGGCAGAACUUUUUUUUUUUUUUACAUAUACAAAAAUAUAUGAACAAAGUUGUAUUAUUUAUUAUAUAAUAUAAAUAACAAGAUAUUUGCUUUCCUGUUACUCUCUUUGGAAGUUAUGUUCUGCAACCCUGCCCAGGUACAAAGGGUACAGCAUUUAGACGUUGGAAAAUCGGGACUUUAAAAGUGAACACAGACUUCUGAACUCUGUGAUCUGACUGUGUGGACAUGCUGACGGAGACGGUGUGUGUGUGUGUUACUUAUCGUUUAUUUACAUAAAUCUCGACGGUCGUCGACAGGAGCUGUCAGACCUUCUGGAGGAUGGAGAAAGAAGAGGCGACGUGCCUGUGUCGUACCUGUUCAGAGUUAAAAUCGCUUGAGAAGGGAGUUCUCGUACGCCUACUCUCGCCUUGUUAAAUCGAGCUCUGAAAAUGUGAAAUGUUUAAAAUGCUGGAAACGGUUUGAACUGUUUGCAUAGGCAAAGCCCAGGCUGCAGAUACACACCCUGAAUCUUCAAUGCUCGGGCGCGUUAUGUGCGACUCUGAUGUGCCACUGUUUUCUGACUGGGCGGUGCAAAAAGCCCAGAUGGUUUUGUCUAAUUAUACUCCACUCCACUCAGACUUGGGUCUUAUUUUCAAAGUUAUAGCCAUCAUUCCUAUCAGUGAUAACUUGCAAAGGCUGUGAACAACUAUGAAAAUGAAGCUCAAAUUAUAACCAACGACAUAGGAUUCAACAUAGCCAGGCAGCAAGUGCUCAGUAGCCAGCGUCGACUUACUCAGCUCAAAUCAAAUAAACGUGGCCAAGAACGGAGCAACUGUGACGAACUUCUCAGAUAAUUUGCACUCGCUAGCUGGAAUGUUUGUCCGUUUAUCAUGUGACGCUGAUUGAGAAAUGAAAGUACAUAAGUCUGAUGGUCAGUGAGUUCACGUGGCCUUCAGACAAAGCUGUAAAUCUGGUAGUAAGUAUCAAAUGAAUACAGGGUACUUUCUAACGCUUUGUAUCUUAUUACAUAACCUAACAAGCUCUGCUGCAUCUCUCUUGGAGUUAUACUACACAGGCUGAACAUUAUUUAAGACUUAAUUAAUAUUAUUACAGUUGUUUGAACAUACCUGCAAACCGUUCAGGGGCUGUUUUAUCUGAGCCUCACCCUGAAACUGAAACUGAAGUUUCUUUUACUAGACGAAACUGAUCACUAACAAGAUUGUAACAGCAAGUUUUUAAUUCAGCAUAACUUGCCUUUGUGUAUGAACAAUAUAUCCCACUUUACUGAAAUAACGCUCUCUGAAUCUAAAAAAAGUCUGCCUUUCUUUUGCCGCUCUCCUGCCAGAGGCAAAGACAUUUGGAUGUGCAAAUACUAUUACUCCUGCUACACGCGUGAGCGGUCUUCCUCAAUAUUUAAACUCAAACAGCAAAAGUGUCAGCUGAACCUGUAGCAUGCGACGCCGCAGUUCAAAUACCCGGCAGCUGUUCUGUCAACUCAAUUUAGAAAAUGACUUUUACUCUGUCGACAGCCACCGCCGCUCUGAGAAAAGGUGUGGCAGAGUUUCAGUAGCGUGUUGAUAAUAUAUCUGUGUGGACGUCAUCUGUGUGUAGACUGGAACACGAACCAAAGAACGUGAAGCACUCAACAUGAAAUGUAUUUGGCUUCAGGUGCCCGAGGAAGACUUUUCUAAUUGGCUGAUCUUGAAUGAUUACAUGAACGUAAAAAAAAAAAAAUGUAAAGGUGCAUAAUGAUAUCUGAUGUUUUGAAGAAUGUCUUUUUACAGCUCAUGUUUACUCUUUCUUCUUGUGAGAGUUACGCCUUCAGCCCACUCAAACAAACACUAAUAUUCAGCAGAACAACAAAGUGUUCAUAUUUCUUCUGUUUUCUUUCACACGUAAAAGUGUCAGACGUGUCAGACACGUGGCUUCUGGGUAAAGAGAAGUCAAAAGUAUCAUGUCACAAACCGGUAAUUUUCAUAGUGACCUACAGCAGUUCUCACACAGACGUUACAGUGUAACAUUAAAGGAAUAGUUGAGAUAUUUGAGGAAUGUGCUCAUUCGCUUUCUAAGCUGGCUCCGUCCAAAGGUAACAGCAUAUCAGCACCUCUAAAGCUCACACACUUUAUUUCAUUUAUUCAAUACCUACAAAAAAAACAACAACAUGAUUAUGUGUGAGACUAGAAGAAACCAGCAAGACAAGACAGCAUUUUGAAACUAUUCCUUUUAACGCUUUGAUUAUUUCUGUCAAAACCUUUUGAGGUAAAAUGUAAAAUUUCAAGCGUGUUCUUCCCUUUUCUCUUGUGAGCCGAGUUCUAAUUAACUACACGAGGUUGAAACCACAACACAAACACUACCUAAAUCAAGUUUCCAAAAAGAGUCUUCAGCAGAAGAUGACGGUACUGACUCCAUCAUCGUCUUUGUUAGAUUGAAUGUUUAUCUGUCAUGGCAACAUAUCACUAAUCUGAAACUAAUCAAAGCACAUUCAAUCAAACAAUUGAUACAGUUAAAAGCAAUUCAAAACUCAACCCCCACAUGUUUUAUUGGAUGUCUACACAAUUAGUGCCUUUGUAAACCUUCAGGUUUCAGACCUGUGGCUUACUGUUCAAGACGGGGAUGUGAAUACACCACAAACUGUUUGUCUCGCUGACAUGUGCCUGGUUCUUAAAGCUGCUGUGUGCAAAAAUUGAAACUUGAUGACUUUUGCAACUUCCUAAAUUCCUUAGUUAUUGUAUAUGACAUCACUACAAAUCUGGUUUCCGUUAUCCGUUUUCAUCUUGUUGAUGAGGUUACAGAUGUUGGGAGUGGCUGUUCUCUUCUCGUCAUGGUCGGUACUUUUCAGAAAUUGUACACAUCAAACAGAGACCACAUUUUCUUAUAUUUAUUUAAGUUAAAAAAAUCAGUUUUAAUCUUCUGCAUGUAGCAGCUUUAACUUCCAGAACAGCCUUAAAAUCCGUCAUGUCAUUUGUAAGAAAAAAGAAAAUUCUAGGUGCACUCCUCACUUGCUCAAACGUUUCAAGUGUUCAGAUGUAAUUUUGCACUUGUCUGUGGUUGUUCUGUGUUAAAUCCUGCAAAACUACGACUACCUGAUGCUCUUUUGAUUUUGGUCUUGGUCACGCAGGCACACGGUGCUCGUCGUACAGUAACUCUACUGUAACUAAAUUCAGCACAAGAGAGCUAGAAAGGAGCUUUGAACUGAACACCAGCAAAUUGUACCCUGUGUCGUACUAUUAGCCAAUGAAUAAUGUGCGAUUUCCUACUUUUACAACCCCCCUCUUUUCAUGUGAUUAUUGGAUGUGUAAUGUGGUUGAUGUCGUCUCAGGGUUAACUUGUGGCGCCUGAUAAGAAAUUAUCAGCAUGUCUUCACCCUGGAGGGACGGAAAAAAUAAUAAUUCACGAUUGUAAUGUGACACUUUGUUAUUCGGUGGUGGUUUUUUUGUGCAAAACGUGAAGUAGCACACGAGGUAAAACGCAGCAAAAGUCGUAAAUGUCAUGUAUUGGUGUGUGAACAGCAAGGGCUUCUUUCUAAAAGCCACCGUUUUGCACCAACUUUAAACAAUCACCUGAAAAAAAUCAAUCCUUUAGACGAGGUGCAAAGAUCAGAUUUUCUACUUAAAGUGGCCUCAAUAGACCAGAAUGCAACACCAGCCAUGUGUUCUUGACUAAAGUGACGGGUAUUAACUGUAACUGUAAUCACAGUCACGCCUCACUGUUCACUUCACACCCAUGCUUUAGUGGUCGUUAAGAGGCACUGUGGGAAACAUAGGAAGCAUGUGUAAGUGGGUGCACCAGAAAUAGCUCAUUAUAACACUUCAACGCAAUAAUUUGAUCAGAGAUUGAUGAUUAGAGAGACUUAUUCGUGGAAUAGGUUGAUUUGUAUCAACACGAGCUGCCGAACUGCUUCAAAUGCUUCUAACUUUUGUUUAAAAAAGGC